UCACAUCACGAAUUUGUCUUUCUGCCUUGAUAUUAUUUGUAAUAUCUCUCAGAAUUUCACACUUUUACCCAUAAUCUCAUCACCUCUUAGUGCGCGAUUGUUCUUUUAACGUCGGUAGAAUGCUAACAUUAAUCUCUCUCAAGGGCACGUCAUAACCCGGCAUUCUUAUCUUACCUGUUCCUUCAUCAUUCACGUAUCACAUUUUCGGUAAAUAAAUACUUUUUACCCGAGUACAAUUCCUUAAACUAUUUAUCCACAUGGGGGUAUUGUUUUAAUUUAAUUUAUAAAAGCAGUGAAGUGGUUUUUCUUUAAGCGGUGCUCUCUUCAUCGACAAGUUCUUCGACUGAAAAACAUUCCUAUUAUUCUCUGUCCUGGGCGUGACAUAACAGGUCUAACACGGUAAAUUGUAUGAUCUGAAUGACAAUCUCAAUUCUGGUGGGCAAGUUUUGAACUGAAGAUUUUAACCUGUGGUUGACAGGUACUAGAGUGUCUGUCAAAUUUUAAUCAAAGGCCAGCUCUUAACCGGAGAUGCUGAAUACAUGGUCAUCACUGCGAUCGACAUUAUUGAAAUCAAUUAAAGUUUUCUCGCCAAUAAUUUCCACUGGUUGCCCAUUUCACUGCACAACUCCCACAAUGGCUACGACGGAUAACAAAUUUAGUCUACCAGAAAGAUACAAGGGAACGGAAUACAGUGUCUGGGUGGAGUAUAUUCAGCUGGCCAUUGAGCAUAAGCCUGAUUGUAACCUAGGCCAAGGUUUUCCUGAUUUUCCAGCUCCUCCUGAGUACCUGCCGAAAUACAUUGCCGAAGUAACUGAAUCCAACCACCUCAUGAAUCAAUACACACGAGGCUUUGGUCAUCCUCGUUUAGUCAACGCCAUCGCUGAUCUUUACAGCAAGCUGAUCGGAAGGAAACUAGAUCCACUAUCCGAGAUCCUGGUGACAAUUGGUGCAUAUGAGGCACUGUACUGUGCUAUUCAUGGGAACGUUGGUCCUGGUGAUGAGGUCAUCAUUGUGGAGCCGUACUUCGAUUGCUACGAGCCGAUGACCAUAUCUGCUGGUGGAACUCCGGUCUUUAUUCCUCUUAGAAAUAAAAGUAAUAACCCUGAUAGUGGAAGUUCUGCAGAUUGGGUUUUAGAUCCAGAUGAACUAGCAAAGGCGUUCAACAGUAAAACCAAGUUGUUCAUUCUGAACACCCCGCAUAACCCACUUGGUAAGGUUUUCACCUACGAAGAGUUGCAGGUGAUCGCUGAUCUUUGUAAAAAGCACAAUGUAAUUUGUAUCGCCGAUGAAGUGUAUGAAUGGCUUGUAUACAAACCAGCAACUCACGUCCGUAUGGCGACGUUGCCGGGAAUGUGGGAGCGGACAAUCACUAUUGGAUCAGCCGGUAAAACAUUUAGCGCGACCGGUUGGAAAUUAGGAUGGGCCUACUGCCCUAAGGAGUUAAUGAAGAAUAUGGUUAUAGUUCAUCAGAACUGCGUAUACACCGGUGUGACUCCAAUUCAGGAAGCCGUAGCUCGAGGUUUCGAGCGCGAAAUUUCUCUACUGGGCACACCAAAUAGCUACUUUGAGAAGAUGUCUUCCAUGUUGCAACCCAAGCGAGACUACUUCUGCCAGGUCUUGAAAGAUGUAGGUUUUGCACCAACCAUUCCAGAAGGUGGCUAUUUCGUCGUUAGCAAAUGGUCUGAUUUAGCUCACAAGGCGGAUUUAAAUUCUGAAAAUGACUCUUACAAAGAUUUCAAAUUUACAAAAUGGAUGACUAAAAAUGUGAAGCUACAAGGAAUCCCCUACUCAGCUUUCUACUGUCCUCAGAACAAGCCCCUCGGCGAAGACUACGUUCGCUACUGCUUCUUCAAGAAAGAUGAAACUCUGUCGAAAGCAGAGUCUAUUCUGAGAGAUUGGACCGGUAAGCAGCUUCCAUCAUCUCAUCUUUAGUGAAGUUUUGGAACUGUUGGAUUACUAUCAGAGGGAUGGCCCUGUGCACUACACAGUGCGUUUCUCUUCCUAUCCUACGCGGCCAGGCCUCAAACUUCACCUCGUGGAUAAUCUCUCGAGACACGCGUGUUAUUUUCUGCUGUGCAAUAUGAUCACACCUACCGCGCUGAAAGUGCCAUAACUUGUUUUCAAUGAGAUUUUUUAUACCUACGGUCGUUUCCUAUUUUUGUAAUAAAUUGAAUGGGUUUUACUUUUAAUUAAA